AUGCCAAGCUUCUGUCCCAAAUGCGGGGACUUUGUGGAAGAGAAAGCGUGCAAUAAGUGUGGCGAAGCAGCGGUGACAGCUAAGGAGAAUCCCUGGAAAACGGCGUCCAUGGUGCCCGGAGGCGACCAGAUGAGCGUCCCAGCGUUGCCUACAGCUUUUACGGCAGCUGCACGUAUCAAGAUGAUGGGGGUUCAGCCUGUUUUGAAGCCUGCGCCCAAAGAGAAAGCAGAGGCGCGUUUCAACUUUGUACCGCAGGAUCCGAGUACACAGUUGGCUUUGUCGAAGGGUGACGCAGUAGACGUCGUGCGCAAAGACAGCGACGGCUGGUGGUUUGUCAUCAAGGAUGGCGAAAGAGGGCUUGUGCCAGGCUCAUACUUGUAUAUUGAAAACCCCAUUAUACCCGUGACCGAUGCCACGAUCCUGGCGGCGCGCGAAGCGUCUAACCAGAGAUUUAUGGAAAUGCAGCGCAACUCUGGAAGCAGUGCGCAGGGAGUCGAGCCGGGCGUGGAGUACCAGUCACCGCUUGGACUGGAAGCGCUUGCGAUUGCAGACUCAUGUGCACCGAAGCCGCAAAAUGGGCCUGUGCGCGUAGACGCCAAGUCGGGUGGCACCGAGUUUAAGCCUGGCGAGGUGCGCAAGUUGAGGAAGUGCUACGCUUGCAAGGAGACUAUUUUGGGCCGAACGAAAGUAUGCAAGGACCAGAUUUUCCAUGAGAUAUGUCUUUUGUGCAAAGGUUGUCGCGAGUCGAUUGAAGAAAAUGAAGACUUUACACUGAUUAAGAAGAAGGCGUACCAUGCCGAUUGUGCUAAAGACGUAAAUUACUGCUUUGUGUGCGACAAGGAGAUUUUGGGCCGAGUAUACAGAGCUGGCGACGGCGCGUUUCACAAGCUCUGCAUGAUAUGUUCUGUGUGCAAUAAACAAUCGAAAGAAACUGGAGCAACAUUGGUAAAUGACCUUCUCGUUUGCGGCGAUUGCGCUGCGGAGAAAGAGAGAAAAGAGAGGGAAGAGAGAGAAGCUGCGCUCGAACGUGAGCAGGCUGCUGCUCAAGCGAAAGCAGAAAAGGAGGCAGCUCUUGUUGCGGCAAAGGCAUUGGAGAAAGAGAAGGAACGAAAAGCUCAGGAAGCUCAGAAGAUUGCCGAGGAGGCUGCUUGUGCACAGGCAGAAAGAGAGGCAGCAGAGGCCGAGACGCUGCAAAGAGAUGCUGUUGUUGUGAAUGGCAAUGGUCGAUUUGGAUAUGAUAGCUUUCGAUCAAGUACGUCGAAUCUCGACCAGUUUGAUUUGGAGGCAACACCUCUCGACAUUUCGGGACAUAACGGUCGGAUAUCUGAAGCAUCAGAUUUGGACUCGAUUCUUAGCGAUGGUGAUUAUGCUGGAUACAUGGGAAGCGGUCAAAGGGAAUCGCUGCGUUUGUCGGAAGUGCUUGAUCUUGAGUCUUACAGCGAUGACCGUUUGUCCGACCUAAGCGGUAUCUCAGAAGGAGCUGCCGAACGAAUGAGGCCGCGGCAUUCAACAAUUGAAGGAAUACUGAAAGAAGGCGAACAAGCUUUUUCGGAAGAUGAGGAUGAUCGAGAGCUUUGUGGUGGCUGCGAGCUUGUACUAGAAGGAGAAGCUGUUGGUGCUCUAAACCAAUACUUCCACAUUGAGUGUUUCAAAUGCAGUCAUUGCAGCCGCGUUAUUGCUGAAGAUGAUGGUUACGCCGAGAAGGACAACCAGGCGUUUCAUCAAGCGUGUUACCAGACUCGGUUUGGCAAAAUGUGUCAUCGAUGCGACAAGGUUCUUAAAGGUAAAGUGGUGAAGGCUCUCGACCGUCUUUACCACCCAGACUGCUUUGUAUGCUUCCAGUGCAGCGCUUCUCUCUCAGCAGAGAGUUUUUUCGAGCACGAAAGCCAAGCGGUUUGCGCCAAGUGCAAGCACAAAGCUAUUGCAUUGGAAGAGCCCAGCCUCCCAGAGAAAUUGAUCCCGGUAUCUCAAGGCAUUGCUGGCUACCGAUUUGACGCCCAGGAUGAGACACAAUUGACUAUUUAUCCGGGCGACGAAGUCACUAUUCUUCAGAAGGACGAUGAUGGCUGGUGGCUUGUGGAAUUGAGAAACAAUCGUGGUUACGUGCCAGGUUCAUAUUUGAUUGAGCGCCCUCUCGUGCUCGACUCAGAAUCCAGCGGAGGCACGCUUUUGCCGAAGCUGUGGCAACAAUCUGAUCGCCUGAUUGGCAUAUAUCUUGUCUUGCGCUUUGGCAAUGCCCCGUCCCGUUUUCAUUCGACGGCCAUGUGGAUCAAAAGUCUCACGCAUAAAGCUCCAGGGCUGCAGUUUGCUGCUCCAGCGUUGCUUGGCCGUAAGCAUCUGCGUGGAAUGCAUUCUCGUCGAGUCAUCGGCAUGUGGGAUCGAGUGCUGCCGUCACUCUGGCAUCCAUUGGCAUCGCUGGAGCAGUCGCUUAUGGACGUCGAGGUAAUGGCUCGCCGAGUGUUUUCACCACGCUUUCCACCGUUUGCUCCGUUUCAGCGUAACACGUUGCCGAAGUUGCAUCAUGGCGACGAGGAGUUUUUCAAGGAUUUGCCAAUCAAAAGACCAGAAGAAGUGACAAAAGCUACGUUGAAGGCUGCUGCACCAGCGUACAGUGCGACAAAGAAGGAAGGAAGCAACGCAUCUCUUGACUCAAAUGAGCCGUCAACUGGUGCCGAAGGCACUAUACCUCACCCGUCAUUCACUUCGUACUCAUACACGUGCUCAACCGUAUUAGACCAUAGUGGUCGUCGUAUCGGUACAACUCGUCGACGUUACGAGGAUUCAACAGGCCGUCUGAAGGCGUCACAUGAGCGCGAGAUUGACGGCAAAAAUAUAAAGACGGUGUGGCAGCGCUCCAACACGCAAGAUGAGGGCGAGCAUAAAACGGUCUGCUCAAUUGACAGUCCAGACGAGUUUGAGAAAGAGUGGCUUGAGACGCCGUUUGGUCGAGCUGAGGACGAGGAGCUGGUCAAGUGGGUAGAAGACCGAGAGCGUAGUGUGUACGAAGCGUUUGGUAUGGAAUACAACUCAGACAAACCGAAGCAGAAUGAAAUGACAAAUGAAGAGCGAAAAGUUGUGGAGGAAGGAGGGACGGAACGGAAGGAGAAGAUUCAGGAAAUGUCGAAGCGGCAGGAAGAGGAGACAACAUCUCCAGAGUUUACGUCGUAA